AUGGCUACUGCUAUUGGGAACCUCGUCUCCCCAGCUCCAAAUAAUAGCAGCAGCCAUGAAAUCCCAGCCUCAAUAACGUCCCUCCCUAAUCCUGCUCUCUACACAGCCAAAGACCACAGAAUUUACUCUACGCCCUCUCCAACUUUCGAUCCAGGCCCAGAUGACUGCAUCAUACACGUUCGCGCCAAUGGUAUCAGCAAGUACGCAUUCUAA